GAGUUAGGGCUGGUGGUGUUUGUAGCACCGCGUACGGAACCCCAGGCACAGAAACACUUGACAAGAUGAUGGCGCGUCACCCGCCGGUUUGGUUUCGGGGGCUGAAGGGCCCCGCCCGCGUCUUUCUGCUGCUGUCCGACCCGACUGCAACUUCAGCCCAAAGAUAUGGGAGCAGAAUUGGACCGGGUAGUCCUACCGAGGCCCCAGUCCCCAGUCCGUAACCUGAACCUAUCGCUUUAAAUAUCCCCGAUGGCAAUCAAUUCCAGAUUCACCGGCUAAAUAAUUCCUUCUCAUCCAGACUCUUCAAUAUUCAGAGAGAUUCCAGCCCACAUUCUGCUAAACUCCAUUACAGGGGCGAUUCUCAUAAACCACACUGACUUCCCAGGAAGAAGGAAACGCAAACCCGGUGACACAGCAACUUCCCUGAAUCAAUCUUGUACUCCAACUCCACCGGACCGCGGUUAAAAACCCGAUUUCCAAAAAGCUACCCGAUUGUAGAAAGGAUCCCAUUGUGAGCAAUUAACGUUUUGCUUUAAAUUUCUGUCUGCUUUUACAACCAUGCCUGAGAAUAGAUGGCCUCUAAGUUUCCUUCUCACGUUGCAGUCAGGGCGUGGUUUCGGGGAAACUUGAGCGCAAAUUCUGUACGGCCAUUCCCGGUGAAGCAUGAGGGAAAAGAGGCCCCGGUCUUUCUAGAAGCUUCUAUUUGCUUGCGAGGCUAUUUCAAAGGAGAGCUUUGGGCAGCCAUUGUUAAUGGACUGGCUCAGACGGGUACUGUGGUGGUGGGGUAGUCCUGCACAAUAGAGGAGAGAGAAGAGUAGAGUAGAUUUAGAUCUGGAGUAGCUGAAACACUUUGUUUCAGAAUGGAGAGCCAUAAGCACAAAGAAUCUGUUAAGAAGCAGUGUAUCAUACACCGGAAAACAGCACAAGAAGAUGAUGACAAUUUAGUUAGUUCUCAAGACUAUGAAUCCUGGGAAACAUUACUUGAAGCAGCCAAGAGGAGAAACUAUGCCCCUACUUGCUAAAGAACUUGGAGAAAAAUAAGUCCCAAGAAUCUACUAUCACUGAAAUUGCCGAAGCCUCUUCACCAUGAAGAGAGACUUAGAGACUCUGAAAAGGAAAGCGUUACUGAUGAAGCUGGUGAGAAUACCUGUACAUCACAAAGGCCAAGUAGGAGAUCUUCAUCAGAAGCAAUGGUGUAUGAUCAAAUCUGCAUUUUUUGUAAUAAGGUGAAAUUUCUGAAGGGCUCCAAGUGACGUGAAAAGCUUACACAAGCUGUACAACUCAGAGCUGACCAAACACGACGGGAAUGUGCAACUCAAAAGGAAGGUGAAAAGAUUCUAGCAGUAACAAGGAGAGACAUAGUUGCUGCAGAUGCCCACUAUCAUGUUUCAUGCUAUAAGGAUUAUACCAGAAUCAAGAAAAAGGGAACCUGAGUACAAAGAGAAUGAUGAUAAAACAGAUGGUGAUGAACUGUAUAAAAGGAUUGAAAGGGAAGCCUAUAAAGACUGUUUCAACUAUAUCAGAACUGAUAUCAUACCCAACAAGAUGAUUAUACAACUCACUUCUUUGGUCACGAAACUUGAAUCUUUCAUGCUAUCUGGUGGAGUUACACUCCUGCAAGAUUCUACAAGGAAGCACAUUCAGAGGAAACUGGAAUCUGAGCUGGGCAAUUCAGUGGAUAUAUUUCCAGAUGACAAAGGGAAAUUGUUAAUGGUUGCUGAAAGUGUAUCACCAAGGGACAUUGUCUUGGACAAUCAAACUCUACAGAGGGAACUCAAAGUUUGGAGGGCCAAGGCAACCAAUUUCGACAAGAUCAUAGAUCAGACUUCAUCACAUAUCAGGCCCUGUCCACACCAGAAGGAUUGCUGAGAAAGACAAAUAAAGCUACUUUAGCCACAACAUUGCAGAAAAAUGUUGCAGUAGAAGAGGAACUCCCAGGAUACUUUGCUACGGUGGUUAAUGGAAUGAACUUGGUCCAACGAGUGAAAGGUGAUCAAGUUACUUUCAGAGAUGUUGCCACAACAAUUCUGGGUAUGGCUCUGAGGGAAGGCAGUCAGAGUAGCAGAACAGAUGUUGUGUUCAACACACACAAGGAGAACUCUAUCAAGAAUAGUGAAAGAUCUCUACGGGUGAAGAGACUGGUCAUGAGUUGCAAGGUAUCACAGGCACACAGAUGGUGAGGCAGUGGAGGAGCUUCCUGACCAAAGUCAGUAACAAAAAUAGUCUCAUUAGCUUCAUAGUCCAUGAAUGGAGGAAGGCAGAGUACAGAGCAAGGCAACAGGAGAAGAUUCUGUAUGCAACUGUGAAUGACAAAUAUUACAGAAUCACAUCUUAAGACAGUGAGGUGUCAGCUCUUCAGUGUCCCCAUUUGUUCCAGAAGUGUGGCACUAGAACCCAUACAAGGCUUGUAGACAUCAAGAAGAUUGCUGCCACUGUUGGAAUAGAGGUUUGCAGGGCUCUCAUCGGGUUGCACGCAUAUACAGGAUGUGACACUGUAAGCACUUUUGCAGGCAAAGGGAAGACAAGUGCUCUAAAAAUUCUGACCAGCAACAGGGAAACUCAGGACACAUUCUUAGAGUUGGGUCAGGAAUGGAACCUCUCCCCAGAACUGAUGGACAAACUGGAGGCAUUUACAUGUCUCCUGUAUGCCCCAAAAGCAUCGACCACCUUUUCUGUCCAAAAAAAGUGAAAUCAAAAGUCAUCAACUCCCACCAUGCAAGGACUGCUUAACAAAACGUGCACAGUGAGCCAACUACCAGGCUGGUAUAUGGAGAAGAUGUUUAGAGAAGGACCCACAAGUGCCAAGCCCUGUUGGCAGAGGAUGGAAGAUGGAGAGAGAAGAGGAAGCUGAAUAGUUGGUGGUGCACUGGAUGGAAGACCAGCCAGCACCCGAUGCCAUCCUGGAUCUACUGGCCUGUAACUGUCCAAAAAAAAUGUUCACUCCCAAGAUGUAUGUGUGUUGUGUGACGAAUACACAUAGAUAAGAUGUUAGCUGUCCUGUGUGAUCAGCAGUUGGUCUGCCACCUGUCUUCAAGAGAGAGAUAAGGGACACAAUGAAACAGCACCUGGAGAUGUGUAGAGAGCUGUCUGGAGCGGCUCCCCCUUUGAACCCUGAACUGUUUGAAGUGAUGGACAGGCGAUACCCCAGCAGGGGGAUAAAAAGGGACCGGUUCACUAAGGCAGGACACACACGCCACCCGAGGUAACGAGACCCUGGAAGCGGUACGCCUCUCACAAGUCGGUGGGAAGUAUCAGACAACGGCCAGGGUGGAAAGGUACGAUCAGCGGGAACCCGGUGUGUGUCCGCCCUUGCCUGGGUGCCGGGUUCACUGCAGAGGAUCGACCGCAUCUGGAGGAGGGGUCACAGUCGGUGACCUCAGGUGACAUCACCAAGGACCUGCCCAAAAGCUGCUUGUGAGCCAUAUCGCCGGUCUGUGAGUGAAGCCGUGUCUGAAUGAUCAGUUGUUCCUGUUCUCUCUGUCUCUCUUCCCCCACCUUGUCCAUCGCCAUGGCAACGAUUACUGCGAACUGAACUACUAAAUUGGACUGAACUUUGUGUCACUUUGAAAUUGGUCAUUUAUCCCUAGACAACGAUAGAGCUUGAUUGAUGCUGUUAUCUUAAUUCUGUGCAAAUGUGUGUUUAUCAUUACUGAACUGUUGCAUUUAUUAUCCUUUCGAUUACUGUGUUGCUUGUUUCUUUAAUAAAACUUUCUUAGUUCUAGUAAUCCAGACUCCAACUGAGUGAUCCAUUUCUGCUGGUUUGGCAACCCAGUUACGGGGUACGUAACAUAAGUGGGGUUCUCGUCCGCGAUUUUGAACGCUAAAUUUGGGACGGAGUAAAUUGAUUGGGUUAAAAUUCCCGAAAGAAAGAAAAGACAAACAGCAGAAAUGGAGGCUGAGGAAUUUAUAAAGGUGCCGACCUUGGAGGCAUUAGAGGAUGCCAGGAAAUCGGAAUUGGUAGCUGUGGCCAAACGGGUGAAUCUUGCUAAGGUGAAGUCGACAAUGAGGAGAGAGGAGAUACACAGAGCUAUUGUAGAGCACUAUGUAUCUAAAGGUGUGUUUCCCCAAGGUGAGCUGGGGGUGGCGUCUAUUGAAAAACCUGCUGGAGAUGCGGUACAGGUACAGCUUGAAAACCUGAGACUCGAGCACGAGUUCCGGGUACAGCAGUUAGAACACGAAGAGAAGCAGUUAGAAAGGCAGGAGAGAGAGUUAGAAAGGCAGGAGAGAGAGAAAGAGGUAGAAAGGCAAGAGAGAGAAAGACAGUUGGAGAGAGAAGAGAAAGAGAGGGACAGACAGUUGGAGAGAGAAGAGAAAGAGAGGGAAAGGGAAUUUGAGCUGGAGAAGUUAAAGAUAAGGGCCGAGCAGGGGCUCGUGCCGAACCAAGGUGGAGGGUUCCGGGCGACCCAGGAGGUUAGGCUGGUUCCCCCAUUUGACGAUACCGACGUGGAUCGGUACUUUCUCCACUUCGAAAAAGUGGCUAUAAGUCAGGAAUGGCCGAGGGAUAAGUGGGCUGUGUUACUUCAGGGUGUACUGAAAGGGAAAGCCCAACAAGCUUACUCAGCUUUGUCUGCGGAAGAUGCCCAGAGGUAUGAGGUGGUGAAAGAGGCCAUCCUCAGGAUUUAUGAGUUGGUCCCGGAGGCAUACCGGCAGAGGUUCCGGAAUGCGAGGAAGCAGUGGGACCGCACGUAUUUAGAGUUUGCCCGUGAGAUGCAGACAUAUUGUGAGCGUUGGUGCGCCUCGAAGGGGGUAGGGGUGAUUAUGUCAGACUGCUACAACUGAUCCUGAUUGAGCAGUUUAAAGGUUGUGUCCCUGAGGGUAUGAGAAAGAGGCAGCCACGUUAGCCGCAACUGCUAAGUUAGCGGAUGAGUAUGCGUUGACGCAUAAAAUGAAGUUUGCCCCGAGUAAAGGCUACCAGAAGAGUAGUCAGGACGGUGGGGACAGUCCGCCGGAAAAGUCAGAAAGUAAGCCGGGGACUAGUGAAAAGGAUAAGGUAGAUCGGGAGCAGUCUGGUAGGAAGUCUCCUGGGGUCGUCUGUUAUAAUUGUGGGAAAGCCGGACACUUUGCGUCCAGGUGCUUUGCCCCAAGGAAGGAGACGGGGAAAGGAAAAGCGGAAAUUUUGAAUGGCUGUAUCGAGCUGUUAAGCGAACCGCUAGGGAAGGACAGGUCUGAAAAAGUCCAGGAAGGGCGCGAGAGGUUUAUCUCGGCCAGACUGGUGUCAGUGAAGGAGGGGUUAAAACCAGUUCCAGUGCGGACCUGGAGAGACACGGGAGCGUGUCAGUCACUAAUACUGAAGAGUGUAUUAGAGUUUAGCUCAGAGACCCAGACUGGGGAGGUAGAGGUCAAAGGUGUUGGGGAAGGGACAGAGUCAGUCCCUUUGCACCAAAUACUCUUACAAAGCAACCUGGUCUCUGGACUAGUCACGAUCGGGGUGAGGUCCGAAUUACCGAUGAAAGGCGUGGAAGUCUUGCUCGGUAAUGACAUCGCCGGGGGAAUCGUGUUCCCAGUCGUGAGAUUGACAGGUCAGCCUGCCAGCAGUGAGGCCCCGCCCAUGGACUCACAGGUUCAUCACGGGACCGCAGUAGUAAAUUUAGCAAAGACAUUUCUGCCAGCCUUGUACAAGAAGAGGGUAGAAAAUGGAAAGAAAGAAGGUAGUGAGACAAGAGGCAGUGAGGGAGCUGGGACAGACGUAGCAGUAGCCAGGAAAGAAUUUGUGCAGACGCAGGAGCGAGACGAGGGGCUGAUGGUUUCGGCAGAGACAGCUCUCUCUGACACAGCUUUAACAAGGGAACUAGUGGGCUAUUGUGCGGAGGACGAAGUGCUAAGGAAAAAAGGGAAAUCAAGUACAGUACCCGCAGAUGAGGAGUGGGGGGUGGUGCAAAAGAGUUAUGGGGAUGAGGUUCUUAACAUGGCCCACGAGGUGGCCCACGAGGUACCCCCCGGUGGACAUUUUGCGGUGCUGGAGGAAACAGUUGGUGGAAUCAUGAAAGAGAUGUACCGGCUGCCCAGGGGGAAGAAUGUUACUGAUCAUGACCGACGCGAACUGAGACGGUCACAGGCUUUUGAUAUGCUAACAAACCCAGUCGGUGUUCGCGUGGAAAUCAAUGAAGCUAGGGGGGCCCUGGGGAGAAAAAAACCAUUUUGAAAAGAUUAGUAUGGGAUCGAUCAGAUGGGAGAAGGCUAUUGUUUUGGCCAGGUCUACUGAUAAGGUCUCUCCCUUAAUCCCCGAACAAAGCGAAUCUUUAGAAGAAGUAAUUAAACGACUCGCACCCGUGUGUUUGAUUGUCCCGAGGCAAUGCAAAGAACUGGGAUGUUGGGUGAUGUCUGUUACAAUAGGUCAGCCUAGUAAACAACACUCAUAUAUAAUGAGUAAUUCAGUGACUAAAGGGCUGAUGAACACAGAGGUGUGUAUUGGCAAUUUAAUACGGCUGUCUGAAGCCAGCUUGAUAGUGAACCUUGAAAAAAAUUAAUUUGGCCACACGAGGGUCACUUACCUGGGAAUUGUGGUGACACAGGGGCAGCUGGCAGCAAUGCAAGCUACAGUGCAGGCUAUCACUGACCUCCCAACCCCGACAGACAAGAGGGCCCUCAGAAGGCUCUUGGAGAUGGUGGGGUACUGCAGGAAGUUUUGCAAUAACUCUGCGGUCAAUACCCGUCCCCCUCCUACUAAGCCCUUGCGAGAGAAAACUGAGUCGGAAUGGGACGACCCUUGUUAUUGUGGUCCGGGACAAAACCAAAUGAGAGGUUACAUUGGUCGCAAUUCAUCAGUGUUUUUGGCCACUAUGAAGUUUGCUGAGUUGGAGCCUGGUCUAAGGGAUUAUUAAUAACACGUGUAAAAGGAACAGAAAAUGCGAUGACUGUGUGUCAAGGUGUUGACAACUUCAAACUUGCCGUGUUAGCCAAAUAGCUGAUAAAGAUGUAUAUUUGUGCGUGUAUCAAAUAAUGUAUUCAUGUUUGUAAUUUUUACCUCCCGGUAAAAAUCCUUAAAGGGGGAAAGUGUGACGAAUACACAUAGAUAAGGUGUUAGCUGUCCUGUGUGAUCAGCAGUUGGUCUGCCACCUGUCUUCAAGAGAGAGAUAAGGGACACAAUGAAACAGCACCUGGAGAUGUGUAGAGAGCUGUCUGGAGCGGCUCCCCCUUUGAACCCUGAACUGUUUGAAGUGAUGGACAGGCGAUACCCCAGCAGGGGGAUAAAAAGGGACCGGUUCGCUAAGGCAGGACACACACGCCACCCGAGGUAACGAGACCCUGGAAGCAGUGCGCCUCUCACGAGUCGGUGGGAAGUAUCAGACAACGACCAGGGUGGAAAGGUACGAUCAGCGGGAACCUGGUGUGUGUCCGCCCUUGCCUGGGUGCCGGGUUCACUGCAGAGGAUCGACCGCAUCUGGAGGAGGGAUCACAGUCGGUGACCUCAGGUGACAUCACCAAGGACCCGCCCAAAAGCUGCUUGUGAGCCAUAUCGCCGGUCUGUGAGUGAAGCCGUGUCUGAAUGAUCAGUUGUUCCCGUUCUCUCUCUCUCUCCCCCCCCACGUUGUCCAUCGCCAUGGCAACGAUUACUGCGAACUGAACUACUAAAUUGGACUGAACUUUGUGUCACUUUGAAAUUGGUCAUUUAUCCCUAGACAACGAUAGAGCUUGAUUGAUGCUGUUAUCUUAAUUCUGUGCACAUGUGUGUUUAUCAUUACUGAACUGUUGCAUUUAUUAUCCUUUCGAUUACUGUGUUGCUUGUUUCUUUAAUAAAACUUUCUUAGUUCUAGUAAUCCAGACUCCAACUGAGUGAUCCAUUUCUGCUGGUUUGGCAACCCAGUUACAGGGUACGUAACAGUUGCAAAUGGCGUCACGUGUACUGACAUGUGUAGACUGGCAGACUGUGAGAACCAGGCAUCCACCUCAGAGAGUGUGGAAAGUUCAGAUGAAGACGUGGAAGACUUGGAAAAUUAUUAUGAUUAUUAAUAGGUUAUGAAAGUAUGGAAAACAAAUUAUGGAAAGCAGUCUUUGAUUAAAUAUAUUCAUUUUACAACCAAAUGGGGCCUAGGUUAUGGCCGUGUGGAACCCCACAUUUGAAUUAUUGUACUAUCAUUCUAUAUGCUAUGACAAAAGCUUAAGAUUGUUUUGA